AUGGUGGCUAUUUGGGGUAGGCUACCUACUCUAGAUAGGCUGCUAAAAUGGAAAGUGGUGGAUAGCAACACCUGCCCUCUGUGUAGUAAUCAACCAGAAUCUAUUCAACAUCUUUUCUUUGAGUGUGGUUACUCAAAUGUUAUCUGGUCUCAUGUCUUGAGGAGUUUACAGUUCACCAGACCAGUGGGGAAGUUUGAUUGUGAGAUGGCUUGGAUGAUGAAAGCUGCAAAAAGAUCAGGAGAUAGGUUCAAACUGUUGCUCAUCUAUUUUGCUGAAUGUAUCUAUGGUAUAUGGCUGCAAAGGAAUGCUAAGGUGUUCACUAACUCUUGCAGAAGCUCUCAAGAUAUGCUGAAGGAAAUUAAGUUUAGAGUAGCUUGUAGGGCUACUGAUAGUCAGCAUCAGUUGUUGUUAGCUUAG